UUUACGACAAUCGUGAAUUCAUCCCCGAGUUGCUUUUGUUUACACCGGUGAAAUAGAUCAAAAAUUAACGAAAAUGUCGGUCAAUGAAGGAAUUCCCGUUAAUACCUUCCGUAAUUAUUUGAAUAUUCUUAACGACUCGUCUUCAAAAGAAGAAAUUAAGUUAAAAGCUACCCAAGAGCUUAGUGAACACUUUGAAAUCAUAAUGCAAAGCCCUGCCUAUCCAUCAUUCCUAGAAUCUUCUCUUAAAAUAUUCUUGCGUAUAUUGCAAGAAGGUGAUCCUCAAUUUAUUCAAGAAAAUACUAUGCAGCAUAUUCGCAAGCUAAUUUUAGAGAUGAUUCAUAGAUUGCCAAUAACAGAGAGCUUACGGCAACAUGUCAAAUCAAUUAUAACUAUGAUGCUUAAAUUAUUAAAAACUGAUAAUGAAGAAAAUGUUUUAGUGAGUCUUCGCAUCAUUAUUGAACUUCACAAACACUUUCGCCCAUCAUUUAAUCCAGAGAUUCAAAUAUUUUUGCGAUUUGUUAAAGAAAUUUACACAAAUUUGCCAAAUCAUCUAUCAUCUAUUUUUGAAACCUCCUGCGAAAUUUGGAUAAAUGACCUGAAAGAUUUAAAUUUGGAAACGCUUUUAUCUGAAGCUUAUUCAGUAAAAACUAUUCAUGUCGAAAAGCCUUUGGAUUCUAAUUCUCAACAAAUUUAUAAUUUACUUCCACGAGGAGUUUUGUCCUUAAAAGUUUUACAAGAACUACCAAUUAUUGUUGUACUUAUGUAUCAAAUAUAUAAAAAUGCUGUUCAUCAAGAAGUGGCCGAGUUUAUUCCAUUGAUAUUGACAACUAUUAAUUUACAACCUACUAUUACACAAAGAAACCUAACACAAAAGGAAAUUUUCGUUGAUUUUAUGGGGGCACAAAUAAAAACAUUAUCAUUUUUGGCGUAUAUAGUACGCAUUUUUCAGGAAAUAGUAGUCGCUAAUUCAUUGUCUGUAACAAGUGGUUUACUGAACCUAAUGGAAAACUGCCCUAAAGAAGCUGCUCACUUGAGAAAAGAGUUAUUAAUAGCAGCUCGACAUAUAUUUGCCACUGAUUUGCGUCAAAGAUUCAUUCCAACGAUAGAUAAACUUUUCGAUGAAGAGUUACUUAUUGGGAAAGGUGUAACAUUGGACUCUAUUCGCCCCUUGGCCUAUUCUACAUUGGCAGAUCUUGCCCAUCAUGUUCGUCAAAGUUUAAGCUUGGAUAUAUUAGUAAAAGCAGUUAACUUGUUUUCAAAAAAUGUUCAUGAUGAAACCCUUGCUGUGGGAAUACAAACCAUGUCUUGCAAGCUUUUAUUGAACUUAGUGGACUGUUUACGGCACCAUAGUGAAUUAGAGCCUCAACGAUCCAGGAAAAUACUUUCAAAAUUAUUAAAAGUUUUUGUCAAAAAGUUUGAAACUAUUGCAAAAAUUCAGCUUCCUCUAAUUAUUCAAAAAUGCAAAGGGCAGUUUAAUUCUGGAACACCUUUAAGUACGACGGGAGCUCACAUUACAUUACCAGUUAUAAAUGUAUCCGAACUAAAAGACGAUCAAUUAGGAAAUGAACAUUCCAAAACAUUUGCAAAUGGAUCCCAAUGGGUGUAUUCCGUAAAUGUGGCAGAAUUUCGAAGUUUGGUUAAAACACUUGUUGGCGGAGUUAAAACCAUAACAUGGGGAUUUUUUAACUCAAAGUUUCAGGUUUCUGACACUAAUCUGCUAAACCAUGAAAAGCUCUUUUCACCCGAUAUUUUAAGUUCGUACAUUGACUUGGUUUAUUUUGCGAUGGAGGCUUUGGAUAUUUAUACCAUUAAUGUCAAUCCAAGCCAACAACGAACGUCAGGAUUAAUAUCUAGAAGUAAAGAGGAAAAAGAAGUUUUGGAACAUUUCAGCGGAAUUUUUUUGAUGAUGCAUUCUCAAAACUUUCAAGAGAUAUUUUCGACUACAAUAAAUUUUUUAGUCGAAAGGAUCUAUAAAAAUCAGUCAUUACAAGUGAUAGCCAAUUCCUUUUUGGCAAACCCAACAACGUCACCGCUUUUUGCCACCGUUUUGGUUGAAUAUUUACUGGAUAAAAUGGAAGAUAUGGGAUCCAAUCUUGACCGCUCCAAUUUAUAUCUUCGGCUAUUUAAAUUGGUUUUUGGAAGUGUGAGCCUUUUUCCAGUUGAAAAUGAACAAAUGUUACGACCACAUCUUCACAAAAUCGUUACACGUUCAAUGGAGUUGGCUUUAAUAUCCGAUGAACCGUAUAACUACUUUUUACUAUUAAGGGCAUUGUUUAGAUCGAUUGGCGGUGGUAGCCAUGAUCUACUUUAUCAAGAGUUCUUACCACUUUUACCCAAUCUUUUGGAAGGUCUAAAUCGGCUUCAAAGUGGUUUCCAUAAACAACAUAUGCGUGAUCUAUUUGUUGAACUUUGCCUAACAGUUCCGGUUCGUUUAUCAUCAUUACUUCCUUAUUUACCAAUGUUAAUGGAUCCUCUAGUAUCGGCUUUAAAUGGAUCACCAACUUUAAUAAGUCAGGGACUCCGAACUUUGGAACUUUGCGUUGACAACUUGCAACCGGACUUUUUAUAUGAUCACAUCCAACCAGUAAGAGCGUCUCUGAUGCAAGCUCUUUGGAAAACUUUAAGAAACCAAGAUAAUGCUGCUUUAGUUGCCUUUCGAGUUCUUGGAAAAUUUGGCGGUGGAAAUCGUAAAAUGAUGGUAGAACCUCAAAAAUUACAAUACAAUCAGAAUGAAAAGCCAUCCAUAUCGAUUAUAACAUAUUUUCAAGAAUAUGAUGUUCCGGUGGAAUUUCCAGUUGAUGAAGCUAUUGAAUCUGCCUUUAGAGCGCUUGGGUCAAAUUCUACUGACCAGUUCUAUAGGCGGCAGAGUUGGGAAAUAAUCCGAUGCUUUUUAGCUGCAUUUAUUAGUUUGGAUGACGAAAAACACACAUUACUGAAACUUUUCACACAUGUAGAUUUUAUUGAAAGUAAUAUUAUAAAUUCAUCUGUAUUUCAACACAAAGUUAAAGAUUUAAGAGUGCGGGAAACUCACCAAAAAGCUUUAAUUGGAAUGCUGGUGGCAUCAGCCACAAAAGACUUGCGGGAUUCUGUGUGCCCGGUAAUGGCGGCGGUUGUUAGACAUUACACUAUGGUAGCGAUAGCCCAACAAGCGGGACCGUUUCCGCAAAAGGUUUAUUCAACUACGAUAGGAAUCGACCCUAUGGUAUUAGUUGAUGCUUUAGCCUCCUGCAUGGGCCACGAAGAAAAGGAGUUAUGUAAACCUGGAAUAGCCUGUAUGGGUAUUAUACUUGAUACAGCCACCAAUAUAAUGGGAAACAAAGAAAGAGCCUGUAAAUUACCUAUAAUACAAUAUUUGGCUGAAAAAAUGAUAUCUUUGUGUUAUGAUCGCCCUUGGUAUUCAAAAGUGGGUGGUUGCCAAGCAAUUCAAUUUUUAUGUAAACAUAUGUCUCUUCGAGCUUUAUACCAACAUCUUUUUAAUUUUUUAAAAGCUUUCAUGUUUGUACUAAUGGAUCUAGAGGGAGAUGUAUCAAACGGAGCGAUAGAAAUUACGAAAAAUAAUAUGAAAGCAAUGUUGGAAAUUUGUUUAAGCCCCUUAAGUGAAUUAAAUAGAAAUGAGGAUAUAAAUGAUUUACAAACAAAAGCUACAUAUGAAGUUAUUCAUGAGUUAGUAAGGCAUAUAACAAGUCCUAAUACCAUAGUCAGAGAAGAAUCAAUGAUUCUUUUAAAACAUAUUGGUACCAUUCAGGCAAAAACAGUAUCUGAAGUGAUGGAUCCGCAUAAGGAUGUUCUGGCGGACAUAAUACCACCAAAAAAACAUUUGUUGAGACAUCAGCCUGCCAACGCACAAAUAGGAUUGAUGGAUGGAAAUACUUUCUGCACUACGCUAGAACCGCGAUUAUUUACGAUUGAUUUGACGAACACUUAUCACAAACUAUUUUUUCAUGAGUUGCUUACGUUAAGUGAAGCUGAAGAUGCCACUUUAGCCAAGUUGGACUGCUAUAAAAACGUUACGAAUCUUAUACCUCUUAGAACCAGCGCGUUGCGUGCUCUAGCAGCAUGUCACUAUAUAAGUGACAUAGGAUACAAAGAAAAAAUUAUAAACAUAAUUUUUAAAGUGAUGGAAAAUGAUAAACCAGAACUUCAGAAAACAGCGUACCUUUGUAUGAAACAGUUCAUUUCUGGUGUUACACUUGAAAAAGAGAAGAUUCAAUCUGCGUUGCGACCGCUUCUGUUAAAACUAGGAGACCACAGAAAUUUAUCCAUACCGGCAAUAAAGCGCUUAUCCUACUUUACGCAACUAUUUCCACAAAUGUUUAAUGAAAAACUCAGUGAGCAAAUUUUUCAACAUUGUACAAAAAUUAUAGAAUUAUUUCUUGGAGAUUAUAAGAGUUCAAAUUCUAUUGUGAAUUUUUUUUCAUCAUCGAGAGGUGGAGAAUAUGAGCAAAAAAUUGUGACCUUAAUCGACAUGUUUUGUCAUAUAUCGGUAUCACCAAAAUAUAUUGAAAAGUUGUGUCAGCUUGUACUCAAAACAGAAUAUGUUUUAAUGAUUGAAGCAUCAAGUCCAUAUCGAGGAGCUCUGGUUAAAUUUCUUCUAAGGUUUCCUGCGGAAACUGUGGAUUUAUUUUUAAUGGAAUCCAUUAUGACUGAUGCACAAUGGAAUAGAUUUUUUAUAUAUAUCUUAAAGCACGAAAACGGGGCGUCAUUUCGAACGGUUAUAAAAAAUAAUAAGUAUAAUAUAUUAAUAACUUAUUUGAAAUGCAGUUCGGAAAUUCAAAUACCACAAAAAUAUGAAAUACAACACCAAUCAGUUUUAAUUAUUUUCACUUUAAUGGAAUUGGAUGAUCAGUGGAUUCCAACACGACAAGACAUCGUAGACGUUUUAAAAACAACGUGGCAAGGCCAUUUAUCUUCCACAUGCGCUGACAACGUAGUUUGUGAUUUAUGGCAUUUAAUUGGAAAAAUUCUGUUGCUAUAUUUUUCAAACAAUACAAAUGAAAUUGAUUUACUUUUUCAAUUAUUAAGGGCACUUUGUUUUCGAUUUAUACCUGAUGUUCAUUUCUUAAGAGAUUUUUUACAAAACACAGUUGCACAAAGUUUUACAGUCAGUUGGAAACGAAAUGCAUUUUUCCACUUUGUUGAAAACUUUAAUAAUAAUGCAAUCUCAGAAGAAUUAAAAGCCAAAAUUAUUACAUCAGUGAUAAUUCCAUGUUUUACAGUAAGCUUUGAUAAAGGUGAAGGAAAUAAACUUAUUGGCGCCCCUCCAACCCCAUAUCAGGAAGAUGAAAAAAAUAUUGUUUCUGUAUUUAUUAAUAAAGUAUUUGACCCUGACAAACAAUAUGAGGACUCUGUUAGAAUUGCUCUUUUACAACUUGCGUGUUUAUUGGUGGAGCGUGCCUCCCAACAUAUACAUGAUGGAGAUGCUAAUAAUAAAAGGCAAGGUAAUAAGCUUAGACGACUGAUGACUUUUGCUUGGCCUUGCUUACUAAGUAAAAACUCGGUUGACCCAACUGCCAGAUAUCAUGGACACCUAUUACUUGCUCAUAUAAUUGCUCGAUUGGCAAUUCACAAAAAAAUAGUCUUGCAAGUAUUUCAUUCCUUAUUAAAAGGACAUGCUUUAGAGGCCCGGUCUAUAGUUAAACAAGCCUUAGAUGUUUUAACCCCAGCAAUGCCUUUACGAAUGGAAGACGGAAAUACUAUGCUGACGCAUUGGACUAAAAAAAUUAUUGUGGAAGAAGGUCACGCCAUGCAACAAUUAUUUCACAUUUUGCAACUUAUAAUUCGUCAUUAUAAAGUUUAUUUUCCGGUCAGACAUCAACUUGUGCAGCAUUUGAUUAAUUAUAUGCAACGCUUAGGAUUUCCUCCUACUGCAUCUAUUGAACAUAAAAAAUUAGCUGUGGACUUAGCCGAAGUAAUAAUAAAGUGGGAACUUCAUCGAAUCAAAGAAGAUGAACGAGAAGCGAAAGUUUUAUCUGAAGAAGAAAGUUCCAUUAAACGAUCUGGAAUUGAUGCGGCUGAGCAGCGAAAGAAGUCCUCUGAUAACAUUAGAGAAACUGUUCCGCAAGGUUCUGGGACUUAUUCUAAAACUGAAGACAUUCUUCGAUCUAUUGAUAAGUCCUAUUGUGAUACUGUAUUAAAUUUUUUAAUUCGGUUGGCUUGUCAGGUUAACGAUCCUCAACCUGGAGUUAUUUCCCCUGGAGAAAGUUUAUCUAGAAGGUGUAUUAUGCUUUUAAAAAUGGCAAUGCGACCAGAAAUUUGGCCCCAACCUUUCGAUAUAAAAUUGAACUGGCUUGAUAAAGUUCUCGCAUCAGUAGAAACACCUCAUCACAAUUUAAAUAACAUAUGUACAGGAAUAGACUUUUUAACAUUUUUAACUACAAUAUUAAAUUCGGAACAGUUAGUGUCAAUAAUACGACCAGUUCAACGUGGUCUUUCAUUAUGUAUUAUACAUCAAAAUACACGUAUCGUUCGAUUAAUACAUAUUUUUCUAACACGAUUGAUGGGUAUUUUCCCGCCAGAUGCGCAACAUAAAUAUGACGAUCUUGAUAUCUUGUACAGCGCAAUUAGCAAAAUGAUAACUGAUAACUUAACAUUCUAUGAAAAAAGUCCCCAACCAAACGCAUCUUCAUUGUUCGGUACUUUAAUGAUAUUAAAAGCAUGUAGCACAAAUAAUCCCACCUAUAUCGACCGAAUUUUAGUACAAUUCAUAAGAGUUUUAAAUCGUCUUACAAAAGAUCAUAUCAAUAGCAUUAAUGGCAAUAAUGUUAAUUCCCAACAAGCAGAUUCGAAUUCUUUGGCGUUGGAGCUCUUGGUACUUUCUUUGGAAUUAAUCAAAAAUCGCAUUUUUAUAAUGAGUGUAGAAAUAAGGAAGCUUUUCAUAGGAACAAUUUUGGUGAGCCUCAUCGAAAAAAGUUCAGAAGUAAAAGUUAUAAAAUGCGUUAUUAAAAUGUUGGAUGAUUGGAUCAAAACUAAAGAAUCGAAUAUUGUUUCGCACGUGCCAUCUUUACGAGAAAAAUCGGCAUUGUUGGUUAAGCUAAUGCAAAAUGUAGAAAAAAAAUUUUCUGAUGAAAACGAACUAAACGUGCAAUUUCUAGAAAUAAUUAAUUUCAUAUACAGAGAUGAAAUUUUGAAGCAAACGGAAUUAACAAGCAAACUCGAAGGUGCAUUUCUAAACGGUUUACGUUUUCAAAACCCUCAGAUACGGUCAAAAUUUUUUGAAAUUUUAGAUUCAUCCAUGCGUCGCAGACUUCAUGAUAGAUUAUUGUAUAUAAUUUGUUCUCAAGCAUGGGAUACAAUAGGUUCACAUUAUUGGAUUAAGCAAUGCAUUGAAUUACUAAUUUUAACUGCCAAUACUAUGUCCCAAAUCCAAUGUUCAAAUGAGGCGUAUAAAAUUCCUAGCAUAACUUCAGUUAUUCCCGCAAAUACAACUGAAAACCAAGAUAAUUCAUUUGUAUCAUUUCUCUCAUCUCAAUCGGAAUCUUUUGAGAUUGUUCAAAAUGUGGAUGACAAAGAUGAUGUAUUCGACAUUGAUUUAAAACUGGAGUUUACUGCUGACCGACAAGAGGAUAGCCAUCAAAUAUUGCCAACCAGACGUGAAACUUUGGUUGAAUUAGUGUAUAAACAAGCAGAAUUUUUAGAAGCUAAUCGCAACAUUAGGACUGAUCAGCUUCUUGUCGCGACAUCUCAACUGUGCCACGUUGAUAGUCAGUUGGCCCAAAGUAUUUGGUUAUCUGUAUUUCCUCGAAUUUGGAGUAUUUUUACAGAAGAUCAAAGGUAUAACAUUACGAAGGAAAUAAUUCCUUUUCUAUCGUCAGGAACUAAUGUCAAUCAGAAGGACUGUUCCCCAAGUACACUAAAUACAUUUGUUGAGAGUUUGACUAAAUGCGUACCACCGAUAUAUAUUCCACCAAACGUACUGGCUUAUUUAGGAAAAUCUCAUAAUUUAUGGCACAGAGCAAUAUUAGUAAUGGAAGAUAUGACAGUAAAUCAAUCCAAGCGUAAUAAAGACAACCGUGAAGAUGUAGAUAUCAAUUGUACAGAAUUGGACACAGAACACUCAAGUAGUAUAUUUGACGCACUUUCAAAUAUGUAUUCUGCCAUGUAUGAGGAAGAUUUAUGGGCAGGACUUUGGCUCAAAUGCGCACACUAUCCAGAAACAAAUAUAGCGGUUUCAUAUGAACAAAUGGGAUUUUUCGAAGAAGCCCAAGGAGCUUAUGAUUUGGCAAUGACGAAAUUUAAGCAAGAUUUAAACAACGGCCUCGUUAAUAUGAAUUUUAAUAGCGAGUUGUCGUUGUGGGAAAACCAUUGGAUGCGGUGUGCUAAAGAAUUGAACCAGUGGGACAUUUUGUUAGACUAUGCCCAGACCAAUAAAGAUAAAAAUAUGUUUCUUAUUCUUGAGAGCUCUUGGCGCGUACCUGAUUGGAAUUUAAUGAAAACAGCUUUAUCAAAAACAGAACAAUGCUAUAUAAAACAAUAUGGAUUCAAGGUAAAUCUUUACAAAGGAUAUUUGUGCCUUCUUCACCCAGAUGAAAGACAAACUGGAAGUGUAGAGCGGUAUGUGGAGAUUGCGUCGAGCUUGUGCAUUCGGGAGUGGCGUCGGUUGCCCCACAUUGUUUCCCAUAUUCAUUUGCCAUUUCUUCAAGCUUCACAACAAAUUAUGGAACUUCAUGAAGCAAGUCAAAUACACCAAGGGCUCACCCAAUCGCGCAAUAAUUCAUUGCAUGAUAUGAAAGCAAUUGUGAAAACAUGGCGAAAUCGGCUUCCAAUUAUUUCUGAUGAUUUGUCACAUUGGAGCGAUAUAUUUACUUGGCGACAACAUCAUUAUCAAAUAAUAACGCAACACCUGGAACAACAAUCUGACCAAGGGAGCACAAUGUUGGGAGUUCACGCGUCUGCACAAGCUAUAAUUUCUUUUGGAAAAAUUGCUAGGAAGCACAACCUAACUGGUGUAUGCCAGGAAACGUUAUCCAGGAUAUAUACAAUUCCAUCUGUUCCUAUUGUGGAUUGCUUUCAGAAAAUUCGCCAACAAGUAAAAUGUUAUCUUCAAAUGCCAUCGACAUCUGGAAGAAACGAAAUAAAUGAAGCCCUGGAGGUUAUAGAAUCCACCAACUUAAAGUAUUUCACUGGUGAAAUGAAUUCAGAAUUUUAUGCAUUAAAAGGACUGUUAUUGUCGCAAAUCGGACGCGCUGAAGAAGCUGGAAAGUCUUUUAGUGCAGCAGUGCAGCUUCAUGAUGGUCUUACCAAAGCCUGGGCUAUGUGGGGAGAUUAUAUGGAACAAAUGUUUCUUAAAGAAAAACAAAUACCAUUAGCGACAAAUGCUUUAAUAUGUUAUUUGCAUGCAUGUCGUAAUCAAAAUGAGAGCAAAACACGAAAAUACAUUGCAAAAGUUUUAUGGUUCUUGUCAUAUGAUACCCAAACUAACAUUCUAAUAAGCACUUUGGAAAAAUAUGUGUCUGGAAUUCAACCAUCUUACUGGUUACCGUGGAUUCCUCAAUUAUUGUGUUGCUUGGAACAAUUUGAUGGCGAUGUAAUAUUAAACCUGUUGAGUCAAAUUGGACGUCUUUAUCCCCAAGCAGUUUAUUUUCCAAUACGGACCUUAUAUUUAACUUUAAAAAUCGAACAGCGUGAGAAGCAUAAAUCCGCUGAGCAGGCUGUUUUUGCUGGAAAAAUGACCAAUUCGAGUUUGGAAGCAUCAAAUUGUGGAAGAGUAAACCAUGGAAACCCUUCAUCGGUUAAUCCUAUUAAAGCGACGCCUCCCAUGUGGAGAUGCUCUAAGGUUAUGCAACUGCAACGAGAAGUGCAUCCCACGAUUUUAAGUUCCUUAGAGGGAAUAGUAGACCAAAUGGUUUGGUUUCGAGAAAGCUGGACUGAGGAAGUUCUUCGACAACUUCGUCAAGGCUUGAUCAAAUGCUACGCGAUUGCAUUUGAAAACAGAAAUACAGUUAUUCAAGCCACUAUCACACCUCAUACGUUACAUUUUGUUAAAAAACUUGGCUCCACAUUUGGCAUUGGAAUAGAGAAUGUGCCAGGAUCUGUAACAUCGUCAAUAUCUAAUUCUGCAGCAUCAGAAUCUCUUGCACGACGAGCGCAAGUUACAUUUCAGGAUCCCGUUUUUCAAAAAAUGAAGGAACAGUUUACCAGUGACUUUGAUUUCUCAAAGCCAGGAGCAAUGAAACUGCACAAUUUAAUAUCAAAGUUAAAAACAUGGAUAAAAGUUUUAGAAACAAAAGUCAAGAAACUACCAACAUCAUUUUUAAUCGAAGAUAAAUGCAGAUUUCUAUCAAAUUUUAGUCAAAAAACAGCUGAAGUGGAACUUCCUGGAGAAUUGUUAAUUCCUUCGUCUUCUCAUUAUUAUGUUAGAAUUGCCAGAUUUAUGCCAAGAGUGGAAAUUGUACAAAAAAAUAAUACAGCAGCAAGACGGCUAUAUAUAAGAGGCACAAAUGGAAAAAUAUACCCUUAUCUUGUUGUUUUAGAUUCCGGGUUGGGGGAUGCUCGUCGAGAAGAACGAGUACUACAAUUAAAAAGAAUGUUAAACUAUUACUUGGAAAAACAAAAGGAAACAAGUCGACGAUUUUUAAAUAUAACAGUACCCCGGGUAGUACCUAUCUCGCCGCAAAUGCGUUUGGCUGAAGACAAUCCCAACAGUGCAUCAUUACUUAAAAUUUUUAAAAAAUGUUGCCAAAAAAUGCAGUUGGACUACGAUACCCCUGUAGUUAAAUACUACGAACGUCUUUCUGAAGUCCAGGCCAGGGGAACACAAACUACACAUUCAAUAUUAAGAGACAUAUUUACCGAAAUACAAAGGAAAAUGGUACCUAAAACCUUACUUAAACUUUGGGCCCUGAAUACGUUUUUUGCAGCUACUGACUUUUGGCAUUUCAGAAAAAUCCUUACGCUGCAAUUGGCAUUGGCUUAUCUUUGUGAGCAUGCGUUAAAUUUAACACGCCUUAACACCGAUAUGAUUUACCUUCAUCAGGAUUCCGGACUUAUGAAUGUUUCCUAUUUUAAGUUUGAUGUAAAUGAUGAUAAAGGUCAGCUUAAUCAACGUCGCCCUGUUCCAUUUCGUCUAACUCCAAAUAUUGAUGAAUUCAUUACACCUAUUGGAAUAUCUGGACCCCUAUCGGCAGCAAUUGUAGCUACAGCGCGGUGUUUUAUUCAACCAAAUUAUAAGCUUUGUUCCAUACUACAAACUAUUUUAAGAGAUGAAUUUAUAGCCUUGCAAAAAAAAGGAUUAAGAGAAACUAAACUGGCAGAUGGAAUAGAAGAACGCUACAGUGAAGGAAAUUCUAUGGACCGUACUAUAAACGUAGUUAAUUCUGCCGUGGAUAUAAUAAUGGCACGGUUCAAUAAAAUUUCAUAUUUUGAUAGUAUUGAAAAUAAAAAAAUAUCUAUGCUUAUACAAUCUGCAACAAACAUCGAUAAUCUGUGUCGAAUGGACCCAGCUUGGCAUCCUUGGCUGUAAUUACCAUUUAUAUACGUUCUUAUAAAAUACAAUAAA